CCUCCCCACCCACCUGCAGCCAUGAAGAAUGCCACAUUCCAGAUCACCCCAGACGUGAUCAAAGAAAGUGAGAACAUACAGCUGGGCCAGGACCUGAAGCUCUCGUGCCACGUGGAUGCGGUGCCCCAGGAGAAGGUGACCUAUCAGUGGUUCAAGAACGGCAAGCUGGCACGCAUGUCCAAGCGGCUGCUGGUGACCCGAAACGACCCUGAGUUGCCUGCGGUCACAAGCAGCCUAGAGCUCAUUGACCUGCACUUCAGCGACUAUGGCACCUACCUGUGUGUGGCUUCCUUCCCAGGAGCACCUGUACCCGACCUGAGCGUCGAAGUCAACAUCUCCUCUGAGACAGGUGGGCAGCUGGAGGGGCAGCGGGGAGGUGUGAAGGAGCUGGAGAGGCCCACAGAGGGGAGAGGGGCAGGGGGUGGGGGUGGGGCAGCAGCUUGGGAAAGGGAGGCCAGAGUGGAAAGACUCCUUUUGUUCAUGCCACACACAUUUAUCAAGCACCUAUUCUAUGCCAGGCACCGUGGUAGGUGCUGGGGUAGAGUGGUGGGCAAAAUAGGCUCUGCCCUCAUUGAACUAAGUAGGAAGGCAAACAUUUUUCAGAUAGCCUCACAGAUGAAUGUGCCACUGGCAAACUGUGAUGCCUGAGACAGGAAAGAGUUCGCUAAGAUAAAAUCUUUGGUCUGCGAUCUGAGGAGGGAGGGGUGGGAUCUUACGAGGCAAAGGAGAGCAAGGGAGGGUGGAAGAGAAAGGCAGGUCAAGGAAUCAGCAAAUAAGGGCACUGAGGCAGGGCAGGGCGGGGGCCGUUUGGAGAACUGAAGGAAGGACAGCGUGGCUGGGGGGAUGGGGUGAAUGAGAGCACAGAGGCCAGCGGGGGCCAGGUUAUGCAGGGGAUCUGGGUCGCUGUUCCAAUAACAAUAAAUAACAAUAAUGAAAUAAUAA